CGACUCUCAACGGGAGUGCGGCGGAGGAGGCUAUGGGUUGGGAAGAUUACGCCAUGGCUGAUCUCUAAGAAAACGCUCCGAAAGAUGAACAAGAGUAUAUCUUAGUUGCAAGUAGGGUUUCUGUCAUGCUUGAUCCGAUUUCUGAUGGACAAGGGUCCAUUGUUGCCCAAGUGCUCAUGGGAAGCGAGACGAAGUUUGCCUUGGGCUCAUUGGAAAUAUCUCGCAGAAGAUGCAUCCUGUUUGCUGGAAAAUAGUACAAGGGUUGUGGGACUCGAUAUUGAUCGGCACAGGUUUGUUUAUGAAAGCGAGAAUUAAGUCUUGAUUUCAAAACGAAGAGAUAUGAUUGCAGACCUGCUGGCUCCUUCGGCUUCUCCGGUGCUUUGGCUUUUGUUCCUGUUCUCUGACAGCUGGGGCCCGAGCAACCAAUCGAUUUCACUACGCUCCAGUACGACCAGUCUGCUGAUAGAGAGAGAGAGAGAGAACUCCGGUGCUCCGCUCAUCGCCUGCUCGUUACCCGACAAACUCUCCACUUCAUUGGAGUACGAUGGCUCUGCAGUGAGAGAGAUUCUGGGAAGCACCUACAGACCAGAAACUUCAACCACCACUUGCCUUAUCAAUCUGCCACGCACCGGGAUCACGUAAGGAACGGAUUCCUCCUCAUCCAUUGCAGGUACCGCUGCACCAGAUGAUUCUUCAUGUUGGAGUAUACGAUCGUAUUUGUGCGGUGCACUUGGAACGCCACGUUCAUCACGUAAUCCGAAUCGAAGUCCAGGUUGCCAAAUCACCACCGUUGGAUACUGGGAAGACGGCCGUGGUGUCCCCAUCAAGCCAACCCAUCUGAUGGUUACUCGAUACCCAAAGUACGUGACCCGUUCCACGACCCUUGCGGCACAUAUGUACCCAGGUACUGCCAGAUCAAGAUCGAACGGUGGGAGCUCUCCCUAACAAACCAUUUUACCGGAUUGGCAGCGUUGGAGCUCCCAAUUCAUAGCCUCCAUGUAAGAGGACACGACUCCAUCGCCUCGUCUGCUGAACUUUUCAUGUAAGAGGACAUCUGCCAUGGGGCCCGUAGCCAUGUGACCAGAUUCAUAGACGUUGCCCUGUGGGGCAAAGCCUCGAGAAAGCCCACGGAUCUGAAUGCUAACCCCCUCCUGCAAGAGACGACUCUACAGUAUCCGGCCAAAGUUGAGAAUACCAAAAGCAUGGACAAGACGUGCGGUUGGGACGGGUGAGAGGGUAGCAUGCAGCACGCGUGGAAUUAGCGUCGGCAAUAUUAGAAUGGCGGCAUCCCAGAGGAAUCGCAGUAAAAGUGGGUUCCGUGAGGCAUCAGCUUGCGGCCGGGCAGAAAGGGUCCCACAUGAGAGACUGACGUGGCUUGCAGAAUCUCCUCCAUCUCGUCUCUGCCAAUGGUAUCUGAUCUCCCACGUGACCGCCGGCCCCUUCGUUACGCAGUGGUCUUCCUUAAGAACUCCAACCACACCCCCUCUUCGCCUUCGGCAAAAGGGCUUUGUCUGCUUCGGCCAUGGGCGACUCUUCUUCACCAGCCUCCUACAUCCGCAUGGUGCAGCUCCUGAUCGAGAAGUGCCUUAUCUUCCACAUGAACAAGGACGAGUGCGUGGAAGCUCUCUCCAAGCACGCCGCCAUCGAUCCUGUCAUCACUUCCACCGUGUGGACCGAGCUGGAAAAGGAGAACAAAGAGUUCUUCGAGGCGUACUCGAAGAACCGAGAGGAGAGUGUCAUGGAGAUGAUGCGGGAGAUGGUCACGGAAAUGGCUUCCCGAGACCCAGAGGAUGACGAGGGCUAAGAUGGCAUCCAUCAAUCCAAAUUAUAUAUACUGUAAUUAAGGAAGACGGGUGGGGGAGGCAAAGAUGAGAAGGUGGAGCAAAUAAGCUCCCGGAGAAGAAGAACCUACGGCUACUGUGGGUUUGUGCAGGACUCAGAAUCUGCUGAUGGGGACAUGAUGCUACGCUUAAUUGGCAGCUUAUGCGUAUCAUUACCAAUGUGUAUAUUGAUUGAUGUGUACAAAUUGCAAUGUAAUGGACGUGUAGGCUUUGGCUUGGCUUGUUUGAA